AUGUCAAUAAAAUUGAAGAAAUUUGAAUUUGGAUUGGAUUUGCUGGUGCUUUUGCGGUGGAUAGGGAAGGGAGGGGUGGUGGUAUUGCUUUCUCCUGAGGAUAAGCAGGGCAGAUUGGAUCAUCCUAACUGGCUUCUGGCUGGGUUUUGUGAGAUUAUUUCAAAUUAUCACCUUCACGAGAUUUCUAUUAUUGGCUCUUGCUUCAAAUGGGAGAUAGGUAGAGGGGCUGAGGCAUGGGUCCAGGAAAGAAUUGAUAGGGCUUUUGCUUCAGGAGAGUGGUUGGGGUUAUUUUCGGACGCAAAGCUUCGGAAUUUGGUUGCUACUAUUUCGAACCAUAAUCCAAUCCUAUUAGAAAUAGUGAGUGUUUCUCGUGUUCAUCGUCAGCUGCGCUUUCGCUUUGAAAAUGGGUGCUUAUGGGAGCCAGGUUUGAAUAAAACGGUGGAGGAUGCGUGGAGUUUGUCGAGGAUGAGCGAUGUUUCUUCUCGUUUGGAUCAGUGUGGCAAAGCUCUUGCUAAAUGGGUUAUUGAGAAGCUCAGGGACAGCAAUAUUCCUUCAGAUAUUGAGACUAUUAAAGAAAAGAAAAUUGAACUUUUAAAGCUUUUAGGGCAGGAGGAAGAUUAUUGGYACUCAGACAAUGAGAAGUUGCUAUCUCCAUUUUCUUUUGAGGAGUUUAAGGAAGCUGUUUUCCAAAUGCAUCUGGACAAGUCCCCAGGUCCGGAUGGCCUAAAUCCAACUUUCUAUCAGAAAUUCUGGCCCUUGAUUGGUAAAGAUAUUUUUCAAGCUGUUGUGUCUUGGCUUUCCAGAGAAGAGUUUCCAGCUUCACUAAAUGACACUACUAUAGUGCUUAUUCCGAAGUGUGAGUCCCCGAAAACUAUGAAAGAUUUGAGACCAAUUUCUCUUUGUAAUGUGUUGUACAAGAUCGUCUCAAAAGUGCUUGCUAAUCAUCUUAAAGUUCUUCUUCCUAACAUUAUUUCGAAUGCUCAAUUUGCUUUCGUGCUUGGGAGAGCUAUCACUGAUAAUGUCUUGGUAGCUUUCGAGCUUAUUCAUUUUAUGAGGAGGAAGCGGAAGGUUUCCUAUUCUGUGGCUUUCAAUGGCAUGGAGGUUGGGCCUAUUAUUCCUGGAAGAGGUCUUCGCCAAGUGUUUCUCACCUUUUGUUUGCAGAUGAUAGUUUUUUCUUCUUCAAGGCAGAGGAAAGGGAAUGAUGUGAAGGCUAGAGUGACUAGCAUAUUGGGGGUUGUUAAUCCUAUUAAGACAGGGAGGUACUUAGGCUUGCCUUCUCUAAUAGGUAGGAAGAAGAAUAAAGUCUUUAGAUUUAUCAGGGAUCGUCUAUGGCAGAGAUUGCAGGGUUGGAAGAGUAAGCUUUUGUCUCGUACGAGUAAGGAGAUUUUAAUUAAAUCUGUGGCUCAAGUUGUCCCCUCCUACUGCAUGAGUACCUUUAUGAUUCCUGUCUCUCUUAACAAAGAGUUGGAGAGAAUGAUGAACUCAUUUUGGUGGGGUAAUUCCAACUCUAAUGGCAGGGGCAUUAAAUGGCUUAAAUGGGAGAAGCUUUUUAUAAGGAAGGAAGAGGGUGGUAUGGGGUUUAGAGAUAUGCAAGCUUUCAACUUAGCAAUGCUUGCAAAGCAAGCAUUUGGCAUUCUGGCAUUGUGGGAUGAUCUGUGGCUUAAGGAGAUGGGCAAUUUUAAGGUUGAUUCGCCUAGAGUUAAGGGGCUUGAAGAUAUUGUGGUUUUGGACCUAUGGAUUCUAGGCCACAAGGAAUGGGAUGUCGAAAUGAUUCAUGAGCUUUUUGGCCCAAGGGAUGCUAGUGCAAUUUUGAAUAUUCCCUUGUCUUAUGCUAGUCAAAAGGACCGAGUAAUUUGGUAUUUCUCACCAAAUGGAGUAUAUUCAGUAAAGUCAGGAUAUAGGGUUGCAAGGGAUCUUAAUACCACUAACUCUCAAGCUGUUAUUUCAUGUGGAUGGGAUAAGUUGUGGAAGCUUCCUAUUCCACCUAAGGCUGGCAUCAGCAUAAAUGUGUCGAAUCACACCUCUUUUGCUAAUUGUCUUCUUGAGUUUUUAGCAGAAACUGAUUGGGACAAGUCUGGACGUGCUUGCAUGGUUUUGUGGAGCAUUUGGUCUCAACGUAACUCCAAGCUAUGGAGAAAUAAUUUUAAGUUGCCCGAUCAUGAUGUUACUGGGAGUUUGCAGCUUCUCCAUGAUUGGAAGCAAGCUCAAAUACAGAAGCGGUUGGGCAUGGUUAUUAAUCUUAACCACCAAGGUGACGGUAAUUGGCGUGCUCCCCCUCCUGGUUCCUUCAAGUGUAAUGUUGAUGCUACCUCUUUCACGAGUAGUAACCUCACUGGGUUUGGGAUAGUUAUACGUGAUGAGCUUGGUGCUUUUGUGAAAGGUUACACGUCCACAGUUCCCGGUCUAUUCGUUUUGAAAGAAGGGGAAGUAAUGGCCCUUAUAGCAGCAAUUAAAUGGGGGACCGACAUGGAUAUCCAGAAUGUGGUAUUUGAAACUGAUGCCCUAGUAGUUUGGAAAGCCCUUCGUGCUCCAGCUUCGGACCUGUCAGAAUUUGGCUCCCUCGUUCAUGAGUGUUCCUCGUUGUUAUAG